GCCGGGCGGCGUGGGAGGGAGCCGGGAGCAGAGGCGGGCGCAGCACACCCCGCGCCCCGCGCGCUCGCUGCCUCCGGAGACGCGCGGGCCGCCACCGGGCGCACUAGCGGGUCACCUUGUCCGGGAGGUGUGUAACCAGCUUCUCUGGCCAUCUGCUUCCUCCUCCAUAAAGUGGGCAUCAUGUCCCAUGCUGGGGUCGGCGAGGUGAUCACCUGUUAAUGAACGUGAGAGAACUCAGCACAGUGCAAGAUGUAAGAUCCAAGGCGGCAUCCGUGUCCAGGCCCCGUGGGGCGUCAUGCUUCAGACACGGCUUCACCGUCUGGCUCCGUGAGAUGCUUGGCCUGCCCGGCAACCUUGGGCAUCGCCAUAGAUGUGGAGUCGCAGCCCCACUGAGAUGGUGGCACUGCUGGGAUUAUGUGCUUGUCUCCUGCUCACGAGAGCAUCACAGCCUCUCAGGAAGAAUCAUCUCCCAGGCACAGACGGCAGUGAAUCUGGAGGAGACAGAACCUCUCCGGAUGCUCACAAAGGAAUCUUCUCCUGCAGAGCCAGCUGGGAAAGAAUGUGACUUUGAAACAACUAUUCACUGGCCUCGGCAGGAGAAAUGGACCCCCUGAGGCAGGCGUGACCCUCAAGUCCAGCCCGCCAGCCCGACGCCCGGCCGGGAGGACAGCGCCAUGGCUGGAGUCGUGGAGCAGAAGAGCGGGCUGGUGCGCAGCAAGCUCGGCGAGGCCGGCAAGAGGAAUGGCCUGAUCAACACCCGAAGCCUCGUGGCUGAGAGCAGGGAUGGCCUGGUGUCCGUGUACCCGGCGCCCCAGUACCAGAGCUGCCGGGUGGUGGGCAACGCGGCACCGGCCGCCCCGGACGGCAGCAGGAACAAGCCGGUCCAGCAGCUGCUGGACCCCAACACCCUCCAGCAGUCAGUGGAGUCCCUGUACCGGCCCAACAUCAUCCUCUACUCGGAGGGCGUGCUGCACCCCUGGGGGGACAGCGUGGCGGCCGACUGCUGUGAGACCACCUUCAUCGAGGACCGGUCGCCCGCCAAGGAGAGCCUGGAGUACCCCGACGGCAAGUUCCUCGACCUCUCGCCCGAAGACAUCAAGAUCCACACGCUCUCCUACGACGUGGAGGAGGAGGAGGAGGAGUUCCAGGAGCUGGAGAGCGACUACUCCAGUGACACAGAGAGUGAGGACAACUUCCUCGUGAUGCCCCCGCGGGACCACCUGGGCCUUAGCGUCUUCUCCAUGCUCUGCUGCUUCUGGCCCCUGGGCAUCGCCGCCUUCUACCUGUCCCACGAGACGAACAAAGCCGUGGCCAAGGGGGACUUUCACCAGGCCAGCACCAGUUCCCGGCGGGCCCUCUUCCUGGCCGUGCUCUCCAUCACCAUCGGGACCGGCAUCUACGUGGGCGUGGCCGUGGCCCUCAUCGCCUACCUCUCCAAGAGCAACCACCUAUGAGCCUCCCCGGGCACAUCGCAUGAAGAGCCUGGGCCAGUUGUGUGCGGGUGCAGAGGAGCGGGGCUGGCAAGGGUGGACACACAGGUAGACACACCUGUGCGAUGCUGUACAGUGUAAGUCAUCGCCAAUGACGCCAUAAAGCCCUGGGAUCUUCUGCCCAUGGAUUCCUUUUGUUUUCACCCUUUCAUAUCGUUUUCACAGCACUGUGCAGAGCAUGGGACAGAUGGGCACUGCUAACCCUUCCAAACGGACACUCCAAAGAUCCCGACCCUCGCGGCUGUCUCUGGAUGGAUCCUGGUGGAUUAACGCUGGUGCCAGUGCCUGGAAUGCCAUAGCAUUAGCAAUAGACAAACAGAAACAUGUGUUUACUUUUAUGGAAUAUGGUGCAACAGGCAGAGGGCAGGGGACACGUGCUCUUCUGUCUGUGGCCCCACCUGACUCCUCUGGCACUGCUCCCCAGUCCACGUGCCUUCCCCCGCAGGAAGGCAAUGGGCUGGGCAGCAAGAGAGACAGAGCAGCUGCUGGCAGGACCCCCAGGUGUUACAGCUCUCCAGAGGGGUCCAGCCCUGAGAAUGCAGAGCCAGAGUUGUUCCCAGGCCCAGAGUGUCACUCCCUCCACGCUGCCCCCAGCCUAGGAACAUCAGGCCUCCUCUGGAAUGUGUCCAUGCUCCACAGCCACCAUGCGGCAAUAUGCAAUCCUGGGGCCUCGUUGACCUGGGGCCCGGGGCAGGCCGGCCCCUCCCCAGACUCCUCCCAGAAGGACCAAGGUUUUCUCCAGGAACUCCAGGCCAAGGAGCCAAGACGCCCCCUCAGUGUAAGGACGAGCACAGGAGGAUGCUUCUACCCGCCUGCGCUGACAUUCACCUUGGUGAUGACAGUGACACUAGUGAUCUUACAGAGGACACGAACCUUCUCUGUCAACUAAAUGAAUAGCUAUUUUCUUGUCAUUUUUUUUUAAGUGCAACUAUUGCUUCAUGCUGUUUCAGUUAUCAGAUGAAUGCUGAGAAAUACGUAAUCACAGACAUUUUACUACCAUUUCA